UUACUCACACGCCUCACACGUGGUGUCAGAGUGGGAUAUGGAUCCAGCUACAGUCUUGGCAAUGUUUAGGGAGCAGGAGGAGAAACGAGAGGAGAGGGAGAUACGGCGCCAGGAACAGCUCGCCCAGUUCUUUGGACAGCUGGUGGAGAAAAUGUCGACACCAGCAUCGGAAACAGCGGUUGCCCGGAUGUUUGCAACACAACCGAAGUUACAAAAGAUGACUCCGGAAGAUGAUCCCGAGGCUUUUCUGGUCACCUUUGAGAGAGUGGCAGAAGCAGCAGGGUGGCCCAAGGAACACUGGGCCAUGAAACUGGCACCUUGCUUGACAGGGGAAGCUCAAGCAGCGUAUAGGGCAUUAAUGGCCACAGAGGCAGCGGAUUAUGCCAAAGUAAAAGAAGCUAUUCUCUCACGCCUCGGGAUCACAGAAGAAACAUACCGGCGCCGCUUCCGGGAAUACCAGCUGUCCGAGGGGGUGCGGCCCCGGGUUGCGGGACAGUAUCUCCUGGAUCAAUGCACCCGGUGGCUGCAACCAGAAGAACACACCCCCCAAGAACUGGUGCAGAAGAUCGCGAUAGAACAGUUCGCGUCUAUUCUACCGCCAGGAAACCGGGAGUGGGUUAAACGGAAUCAACCUACCACUCUCGAGAAAGCCAUCAUCCUGGCGGAGGCAUAUGAAGACGCAAACGAAGGCGCCGUCCCUGACCCCACUCCUGCCCCUAAGCCAACCCGGACCAACCAAUCAAUGAAGCCCAGAGGGGGUAACCAGACCUUUAGACCAUGGAGGCCGAGGUUAGCCCCAUCUUGGGCGAGAGGAAAACCCCCUAACCUGUCGGUCACUGACUCACAGGACAAACAAACUCCGUUGGUACCUUCUACCCCAGUGUGUUACAGGUGUAAUGAGCCCGGACAUAUUGCCAGGGAUUGUCCGAUGAUGGAGGUGGACCUGGCAAAAAGAUCCUGGUCAGCGGUAACAGCACAUCACGAAGAGGACUAGGAAGCUUCCGAUCCUUUUGUUUUGUUUCUCCAGCACGCCCUCCCUCACAUCCUUCUUUUGUUUGUUUUUUUUUUCGUGUAAAUAUUAAUAAAGAAAAACUUUUUACACGUAAAGUACUGUCUGGA